AUGAGAAAUAUUGAAGUCACCAUGAAAGAAGAGCAAAUUGCUGAACUAAGAGAAGAACUCGCGAAAGCGAACGAGCUGUUGAAAUCGAAACACGCAGUGCAUUUGAAUGUCAGUGAGGAAGAGCUGGCUAUACUUUCUCCAGCAGCUGUUGAGACAGCACGACUUUUGCGAGGAGGACAAUCUCUUACUAGUAUUGUUCGGUUAGUCUUUGGUUCUAGAGGAGACGUAGUUGCCUCUCAAAUCACCACACGCAUCAUUUCUUUAAGUGAGCACGCACGAUUAACGGGUGAACUAGCGGAAUCUCGUGAACGCAACAAGCAGCUGGAAAUGAGCCUACGAGAAAUGGUGGAGGAAAUUGAAGAACGUGCACCGCAACUGUUCCAUCAAAAGGAUUUAUUGGAUAAGACAUUUGAUCACAACAAUCGUUUACAGGAGCAGCUUAAGGAGGCUGAUGAAGCUCGGCGUCGUCUUGAAAGUGCCCGAGAUUCAACUACUCGUGAGUUAGCGUUUACUCGAGCCGAACUCGAGAAGUAUCAAAGGGAUUACGCUAAAGCGUCCAAACAGGUACAACACUUACUAUUUGUAAUAGAACGGGAACGAAGAGGUAGUGAUGACGAUGUUCAUGGAGACGACGCUCGUUUGUUCGAUAACAUAGCUCAAAUGCAGCAGAUAAACCGCCAACUAGAAUCAGAGUUAGAAGCUGCUAAAAGUUCCGCCGAGCAGUUCGUUCUCACGUCGAAGAAUGCCGAAAUUGAGGGCUUGAAGCGAGAACUAGAAGCCUCGCAGAAAACGGAAUCGAGCCUGAAAGGCGAAUUGGAGCAGAUGCGUACCACAUUUGAACUUCUCCAGUCGCAGACCGAACAGCUGAAAAAACUCGCAGAAGAUAAUGUUAGCGUUGCUGAGGCGAGAACUGCGAAGAUAAAGGCAGAAGAAGCUGCUGCAAAGGCGCAAGCUAGUGAGGUGAAGGUAGCUCGGCUUGAAGAGUAUAUUCGUGCAAUAAAAGACGAAAAAGAAAUAUCCGAAAGGGUUCAUGCUGACCGCGUUGCAAGAAGUGAGCAGAUGAUCUCAGAAGUAAGGAUGACUAAUGCACGUCUGGAGGCAUCAUUUGAAAUGCAAAAGCAAACAACAGCAGUCGUAGAGAAGGAACUGGAGCGUGCUCGAAAGGAGAGCGAUCAAAUCCGUGAGGAAAACGAUCGUCUUCGAGCAAGCGAAACUCAAAUGGCGGGUAGAGUGGAGCAGCUGCAUCAGGAGCUAAUGGGAUUGCAACAACAGACGAGCAAUUACAAGAUUGAACUCCGUGCCGUGACUGAGGAGCUGCAACAUGCUCGUUUGACUGUCAACCGAUUGGAGUCAGAAGCGGAGGCUGUCAAGAGAACUUCAUUCAGCGAACAGCAGAUGAUGUUGUCGCUGAAUGAGAUGACAACUCGCCUUUCACGUAUUGAAUCAGAGAAAAUGGCUCAUCUUGGCUCUCAACUCGAUGUCCUUCGUCUUGAACGUGACAGUCUGAAGACAUCCAAUGCUCGUCUCUCCGAUCAGCUUUCAAACUCCAGAAAUGAUGCGAAGCAAGUUCAGACUCGCUAUGAGGAGGAGCUUGCUCUCCUGCGACAACAACUUGCAGAAAAGGAGAAAGAACUGGGUUUGAGUGAAAGACAGCUCAUCGAUCUACGAGCCCGUUUGAGCAACAUACAAGCGCAGUAUACUGCUCAAGAAAGUACCAUAGGAAUGACUCCUGAGCGUCUACAGAAAGAGUGCCAGCAGCUGAAGAACCGAUCACAAUAUCUGGAGUGUCAGCUGGAUGAGCUAAAGUCCAAGCUAGCUGAGGCAGAAGGCACUGCCAUAAAGAAAAGCAAUGAGAACGAUAGAAUGGAGUCACAUAGCAAAGUUAUGGAAACGAACUUGAAGCACAUGGCCGAGUUGGGUUCAAUGGAAAGGGAACGCCUUGAGGCGAGAGCGACUAGUGCAGAAGCGCGCUCUGAAGAGCUCACAAGUAGAGUUGCGGAGCUUUCAAACAAAAUUGUUCAGUUGGAAAAUGAAAUGUCUGACAUUAAAAUGGAUCAACUGCAGCAAUCGUCUCAGCUUCAACUGAAAAUAGAUAUUCUGGAAGCUCAAAUGAAAGAUGCCGACAGUGCGGUUUCUGAACUGAAUCAGUCAUUGAGUGAUGCACGUGCUGAAGUAGAGAGACGACUGCAGGAGCGCAAUGAAUUGAUGGAUCAGUUGAGUGCACUAAAAUCCGACCUUGCGGAUCGAGAGGAAACAAUCAUGAAGAAAAACUCGAAAUUGGAAUCCAAGGAGAUGGAGCUUUACAAUGCUAAUGAAAGAGUCAGAGUGGCCGAGGAAAAUCUCCGUGCGACUGAGACUACAUUGGCGGCACGUCUGGAAGAGAUGUCAGCAGCAGAAGUGAAGUAUAAUGACGGCAUCAAGGAGUACGAGCUGAAACUUGAACAGUUGCUGGAGAAAUAUGAGAAAGUGGUUACCCAAAUGACCGAAACAAGUACAUCGGAGGAAAUGAAAGAUGUCAACGAUUUGGCCAUGAAUACUGAGCCAUCGGUAGUCGAAUCAAUGAAAAGUGUGGUGGCUUUCUUGCGCGAAGAAAAGCAAAAGGCCAUAUCGAGGUCGAUGACGGCUGAAGUGGAAGUGAAGAGACUACGAGCAGAAGUAGCAGAAAUCCGUUCGAAUCGUGACGAGAUGGCUACUACUGUCCAACGUCUGCAGUCAGAAGCGAUAGCGACUGCUAACGCGCUUGCAGAAAAGGCCCAAUUGGCAGAGAGACUGGAGGCAAUGGCUUCGGUUCAACGUCAGAAUACUGUGUUCCGAAAUGAAAACGAGAAACUACACAAAGUGUCUUCUGAGCUUCAAAAGCAGAAAAGGGAGUUGGAAGCGAAGCUGGAGGGAUUGGUUGCUUCCUCUAAUGAAGCCUCCUCUAAAAUCACUAUGCUUUCAUCUGAAUUGACUGCAAAGAAGAAGGAAGUCGAUCUUUUACGGCAACGUGCUGCUGAGGCUGCUCUAAAAGGCGAUCAGGAAGUCAAAGCUGAGCUGGAUCAAUGCCGGUCGAAACUCACACGUGUUGAGGCAGAACUGAACAAA